GCCCACCUCCGCUCCGACCCUCGCUUCUCUCACUCCAUAAGAAGUAUCGCCCUUCUCUCUCUCUCUCUCUCUCUCAGGGGCCCAAUAAAACGAUGCCUCGUUUCUGACGAUCUCUACGAUGCUAGAUUUCUCCUUCUCAGUGCUUUAAGACCCAUCUUCCUGUUUCGCCAACUUCUAGAUCCUUUUCCGCAUCUUUUCUCCGGGGAUCUAACGCCUCUCGCACCCAAUUUCGGAUUUAUGAUUUUGGAGUGAUUAGAUUGUUUAUUAGAGAUAUCGUUGGCGGGUUCAGCUGAAAAAGGAAUUAGCGUGCGAUUGGGAGAAUGGCGUCUAUUUCUACUUCUCCAGCUGCAUUAUCGGGAUCUUCAGCCUCUGAUCUUCUUCGAAGUUCGAGUAAUGGUGUUAGUGGAAUCCCUUUGAGGGCUCUAGGAAGAGCUCGAUUCAACCCAAGAAGGAAGGACCUCUCAGUUAGUGCCAAGUUAAGGAAGUGGAAAAAGCACGAGUAUCCAUGGCCAGAUGAUGCGGAUCCUAAUGUCAAGGGUGGAGUUCUUACUCAUCUUUCACACUUCAAGCCUCUGAAGGAGAAUGAGAAGCAGAAGCCUGUUACUCUGGAGUUUGAAAAACCACUUGUUCUUCUUGAGAAGAAGAUUAUUGAUGUGCGGAAAAUGGCUCAUGAGACUGGUCUAGACUUCACUGAUCAGAUUAUUUCGUUAGAAAAUAAAUAUCAACAGGCUUUAAAGGACUUGUACACUCAUCUAACUCCUAUACAACGUGUCAACAUAGCUCGGCAUCCUAACAGGCCAACUUUCCUCGAUCACGUGUUCAAUAUCACUGAAAAGUUUGUUGAACUUCAUGGAGAUCGGGCAGGGUAUGAUGAUCCUGCUAUUGUUACUGGCAUAGGAACCAUAGAUGGUAGAAGGUACAUGUUCAUGGGUCACCAAAAGGGUAGAAACACAAAAGAAAAUAUUCAGCGUAACUUUGGAAUGCCUACACCGCACGGUUAUAGGAAGGCACUUCGCAUGAUGUACUAUGCAGAUCACCACGGGUUCCCGAUCGUUACUUUCAUUGAUACGCCAGGUGCAUUUGCUGACCUGAAAUCCGAGGAACUGGGCCAAGGUGAAGCAAUUGCUCAUAAUUUGAGGACCAUGUUUGGUCUCAAGGUACCAAUCAUCUCAAUUGUUAUUGGGGAAGGUGGUUCUGGUGGUGCCUUGGCAAUCGGUUGUGCUAAUAAGUUGCUGAUGCUUGAGAAUGCAGUUUUUUAUGUGGCCAGUCCUGAAGCCUGUGCUGCAAUCUUGUGGAAGAGUGCAAAAGCUUCCCCAAAGGCAGCAGAGAAGCUAAAAAUUACUGCAUCGGAGUUGUGCAAAUUACAAAUUGCAGAUGGCAUAAUCCCUGAACCUUUGGGUGGUGCGCAUGCUGAUCCUGCUUGGACCUCGCAACAAAUAAAAAUUGCAAUAAAUGAAACCAUGGAUGAGCUUUUGAAGAUGGAGACGGAAAAACUGUUGAAGCAUCGAAUGCUGAAGUUCCGUAAAAUUGGUGGGUUUCAAGAAGGCAUUCCAAUUGACCCAAAGAGGAAAAUCAACAUGAAAAAGAAGGAAGAACCCAUUGUUGGGAAGACAACAGUUCAGGAACUAGAAAGUAAGGUGGAAAAGGUGAAACAACAAAUAUUAAAAGCCAAGGAAUCCUCAGUUGAGCAUUCAGAUUUGGAUCUGAAUAAUAUGAUUGAAAAACUAAAGAAGGAAGUUGAUUUUGAAUUUUCUGAGGCAGUGAAGGCCGUGGGCUUAAAGGACAGGCUUGUCACGCUGCGCGAAGAGUUUUCGAAAGCAAAUUCACCAGAACAACUUAUCCAUCCAGCAUUAAAAGAAAAAAUCGAAAAGCUUAGGGAUGAGUUCAACCAGGGGUUAUCUAAAGCUCCUAACUACGAGACUCUGAAGAAUAAACUUGACAUAUUGAAGGACUUAUCUCAAUCCAAGGCUCUCUCGGUGAAGGAUGUUAAAGUGGCCUCAUUGAAGCAGGAAAUCAACAAAAAAUUCGAAGAGGUUUUGAGUCGAUCUGAAAUACAGGAAAAAUAUGAAAGGAUGAGGGCUGAAAUUGAAAAUUCAGGGGCGUCUACAUAUACGGAUUUAGACCCUGAAUUGCAAAACAAAAUUGAUACAGUAAAGCAGGAAAUACAAAUGGAGUUGGUAGAUGCCCUCAAUACCUUGGGUUUAGAUGUUGAUAUAUUAAAAACAGAUGCAGAAGUCCCCAGCGAACAGACUUCAUUGUCACUGUUCGAGCCAAAGAUAGAUAAGUUAAAGGAAGAAAUGUACCAGGGAAUUGAAAGUAUUGCAAGCAGGACAGAUCUAAAAGAUAAGAUUGAAUUACUGAAACUGGAGGUAGCCAAGGCUGGAAAGACACCAGAUGAAACCUCGAAAAACAGAAUUUGGGCUUUGGAGCAGCAAAUAAAGCAGAGCCUUGCUACUGCAUUGGAGUCUUCAGACUUGAAAACGAAACAUGAAAAACUGAGGGAAGAAAUAUUAGAAACUGCAGAAUCUUCAGCGGAGUUGGACCCAAAAGAAGAUGAUAGUUCCAGGGACAACCACCCAAAAGAAGAUGAUAGUUCUGGGGACAAUCACCCAAAAGAAGAUGAUAGUUGUGGGGACAACGAUGCCAGAAUUCAGACGAAUUUGGGUCCUGAACAUACCUUAGCUUAAUUGUUUUUAUUACUGGGAUAUGUAUGAGCAGGACCAUGUUUUAGAAGAAGAAAAAUGGACGUAACUGGAAAUUAGUUAGAGCUUCCAAAAUGGCCAGAAAACCAAGUUAGCCGUUCCUGCUUCUAACCCGAAUACGACGUCGCUUGAUUUUGAUAGGUUACAAUAUUUAGCAUCAACAGGAGGAGAAAGGACACAGGCGGAGCUAGCUACACUUUCUUUUUCCUGUUUUCAGGGAUUUUUCUUUUAUAAAUUAGGUGCCUUGAAUUUUUUGUUGUUUCUCUGGCUUCUGGUUUUGAUGUUGCUGUGUUCCUUAUUUUAAAAUUAAUAGAUCCAAAUAGAGCUUUGUAUAGAUUGCAAGAAUGUCUUGGAGGCUAAUAAUGCUUUGCAAACUCUUUAAAAUUAUAUUUUUCCCACUUUUGAAGGACUGAUCAUGAUUGUUUAGAAACUAAACAAUGCUGGGUUGGAACUUUGAAUAUAGGAUCAGAGCAUUUAAUGGUCUGUGUUCCA